ACCUCCGGCAAGAUGACUAUGAAAUCGAUGAAGUAUAACGACUGUGACACCAUCAUGGACGGCUACAAUCCGGCACCACCGCCAUUACCGAGAAGGGUACCGCCGGCGCGAAAUAUCUACGCGGAACCGUUUGCGACCGAGUCCAACACGAACAGACUACAAUCAUCGCAACAGCUGCAGCAGCAACAGCAGCAACAGCAGCAGCAGCAGCAACAGCAACUUCAAUCACAGCAGCAACCGAUACCGCAACUGACACAAUCCAUGACUAAUACACACAUCACCACCGGUUCCCGUCUGGGUGGAUCCUCCUCCCUGGUGAUGCCCGUUUUCCCAUUGCGAACGGGCGGUACCGCCCACACACCCCAUUAUUCACCUUACUCGCCAUCAAGGUUUCGCAUCGACAAAAGCUGUCAACAUCGUUGCUCUUGGAAGUGUUUUAGCAUCGCCUUAAUAUUGGUUACAAUAAUUUUAUCGGCAACACUAACGUAUUUUGCAGCAACAAGCUCCAUGAAAUCCAAUAUCGAUGCUGCCAACUGCAUACUGGUGCAGGAUGUAAAAACGGGCACCGCCGUCGAUCAAACCGGCACGCCAAUCGAUUCGUCCAACUACGGACUGCUAUCCGGACCAUCGACACUGAACCCAACGGAGGAGUCACCGAUCACCAGUACCCUCGACCACAACAGCUUCUCCACGCUCGGCGGUUUGCCGGGCGGAGGGGUGGCCGGCGGCAACGCCGCCCUCUCCACCUACAGCCGACGUCCGACGCAGGACAUCUCGCACCCGGUGCAACAGACGACGCAAACGUUCAGCUCGAUCCAUCAGCCAAAGUGGCCAUCGAUCGUGGAGUUGCGCGAGUUUAACGAAAUCCACGCGUCCACCAUUGCACCGUUCCAGUUCUGGAACGUCGAGUUCCGCAACAAGCAUCCCGCCUUUAUACAGUUCAACUUUACGCUACCGUGGGGCGCUAACUUUGCCAUCUACGGGCGGCGCAAUGUGGGCCCAACCGUCACGCAGUACGACUUUGUGGAGUUUAUCAAGGGCGGUCGGGUCGAUCAUAAGCUGCGGCGGAAGCGUAGCAUCGGUAGCAGCUUCUUCCAGAACGAUGUGCUCGAUGCACACUUCAGCGAGGAAAAUUCGUCCACGUUCGAGACGGCCCGACGGAACCGGUACGCGUACGAGGAUCUGCCGCUGGACGAGGUGGAAAAGCACAUUAUCUCGAAGCGUUCCGCAGAUGGUGGAGCGGGCCCAUCAUCGCUGCAAAAGAUCGACAUGGAAGCGAUGACGGUGAACGUGACGAUACUGCAGUACCUCGACAUUGGCCGAUGGUACCUGUCGGUGUACAAUGAUGAGCUGCUGCCGCACACGGUUUCGCUGGUUGUUGGUGAGGCGGAAGGCAUCCAUACUGCCUGCCCUAGCGACUGUUCCGGUCGCGGUUCGUGCUAUCUGGGGAAGUGUGACUGUAUUGAUGGCUAUCAAGGCAAUGAUUGCUCGAUCAGUGUUUGUCCCGUUCUUUGCUCCGCCCACGGUCAUUACGGUGGUGGCGUUUGCCACUGUGAGGAAGGCUGGAAGGGUUCGGAGUGCGAUAUACCCGUGUCGGAGUGUGAAAUGCCAACCUGCUCGAAUCAUGGCCGCUGCAUUGAGGGUGACUGUCACUGUGAACGUGGUUGGAAGGGAUUGUUCUGCGAGCAGCAGGACUGUAUCGAUCAUUCCUGUUCGGGUCAUGGUACGUGUGUAUCGGGCCAGUGCUUCUGUAAGGCCGGUUGGCAGGGCGACGACUGUAGCAUUGUCGAUCAGCAGGUGUACCAGUGUCUGCCCGGAUGUUCCGACCAUGGCACGUACGAUUUGGAUACCGGUUCCUGCAUUUGUGAUCGCCAUUGGACCGGACUCGACUGUUCGCAGGCCGUCUGUAGUCUGGAUUGCGGACCGAAUGGUAUCUGUGAGAAUGGACGCUGCCGGUGCGAUGACGGCUGGACCGGCAGUUUGUGCGAUCAGCUGAUGUGUGAUCCACGGUGCGCCGAGCAUGGCCAAUGUAAGAAUGGUACCUGCGUUUGCUCGCAAGGAUGGAACGGACGGCACUGUACGCUACCUGGCUGCGUUAAUGGAUGCUCCCGGCACGGCCAGUGCACGAUGGAGGACGGAGAGUACAAGUGUAUCUGCGUGGAGGGCUGGGCUGGCAACGAUUGCUCGAUCGCGCUAGAGAUGAGUUGCAAAGAUAAUAUUGAUAAUGACAAUGACGGCAUGACGGACUGUUCUGAUAGUGAGUGUUGCGUGCAUCCGAUUUGUGCGGAACAUAUCAUGUGUUUGGCAUCGAACGAUCCGGUCGAAGUGUUGCUGCGCAAGCAACCACCCUCGGUAACGGCGUCCUUCUAUCAGCGGGUCAAAUUUCUGAUCGAGGAAAACUCCGUCCAGUCGUACGCACAUAUGGACGAGUACAGUGAGAGUGAGUUCUGGAACUCGUUCACACCGUGCCGGGUGUCAGUCAUGCGCGGACAGGUAGUUACGCCGCAGGGUCUCGGCAUCAUUGGCAUACGCGUAUCGGUUGACCGCGAUUCUCGGUUUGGAUUCACACUCACGCGACAGGGCGGUUGGUUUGAUGUGCUCGUUAAUGGAGGUGGAGCCGUAACGCUACAGUUCCAGCGAUCACCGUUCCGGCCACUCACACGGACAGUUUUUGUUCCUUGGAACCAAAUUGUUGUGCUUCCUCCGGUCCAGAUGCAGAUAAACGAUAAUGACGAUCACGACGAUAUCUCCUUCAUAUCUGUCCCAUCGAAUCUUGCCUACAGCUUCCUGAGCACAUCACACUACCGAUUUAUGGAAGAUAACCCAUCGCCGAUAGCGAUCUGUCUCGAGCAUGAUCACGAACUGUUAAGCCCACACCUUACCAGCACCUGGAUGCCGAAUGGAAUCGGUUCGGUUCCGGGGAAAAAUUUCAUAUUCGCCGAAACUCAGGUGGUACAGGAAGCUCUAAAGAUACCAGGUUCAGAAAUUCAUCUACUCUACAAAUCAUCGCAAGCGUCCGGCUAUCGUUCGAUCGUCCGCAUGCAGCUGACGCACGAUCGCAUCCCGGACACGCUAACGCACGUGCACGUCGGCGUCCAGAUCGAGGGUUCGCUGCACGUGAAAACGUACGAAGCCGAUCCGAACCUGCGGCACAUAUUUGCCUGGAACAAGCGGAACGUGUUCAAGCAGAAGGUGUACGGUAUCGCGAUGGCCCGCAUCUCGAUCGGGUACGAGCACGCCACCUGCCGCGGUAUCGUGUGGGAAACGCGCACGGUCAAGCUGCAGGGCUUCGAUGUGGACAUUUCCGACAUUGGCGGCUGGGGGCUGGACAUCCACCAUCACUACAACUUCCACGAGGGCAUACUGCAGAAGGGUGACGGUGCAACGAUACAUCUGAAGGAGUUCCCGCGCAUCGUGCGCGGUGUGCUGGGCGAUGGGCAGCAGCGUACGCUAAUGUGCCGCGAUCACUGCAACGGGCUGUCGAAGAAUGGGCAGCUGCUGACGCCGGUAGCGCUAGCGUCCGGCCCGGACGGUAGCUUGUUCGUAGGCGAUUUCAACCUUAUACGGCGCAUCACGACUAACGGUAGCAUCUUCACCAUACUGCAGCUAGAUACAACGCGCGUAUCCUACCAGUACUAUCUCUCCGUAUCACCCGCUGAUGGGCAGCUGUACAUUUCCGAUUCGGAGAAGCAUAAAAUUUUGAAAAUUGUUUCACUCGAAAAUGUGGAAGAUCCGUCGUCGAACUAUGAUGUGAUCGUCGGUAGUGGUCAGCGCUGUAUACCUGGGGACGAGCAGAACUGUGGCGAUGGUGGACCGGCUAUCGAAGCGCGACUUUCACACCCGAAAGGGUUAGCUAUAGCGGCGGAUCGUACGAUGUACAUUGCGGACGGUACGAACAUUCGGGCAGUAGAUCCUAAGGGUACGAUCCACACGCUGAUCGGUCACCAUGGGCAUCAGAAUCGGUGGAGUCCGGUGCCGUGCCGGGGUGCGGCACGUGCGAUGCAGGUCCAGCUACAGUGGCCAACCGCACUGGCGCUGAAUCCGCUCGAUGGCUCGCUGUACUUCGUCGACGAUCGGCUCGUACUGAAGCUGACGUCCGACAUGAAGGUGAAGGUUAUCGCUGGCAUACCAUUGCACUGUAACGAGGACCAUAUGGCCGGUUUGAAUCGUACCGCACCGGUGGAGGAACCGCUCGGUACCGUACUGGCAAUGGCGUUCGGACCGAACGGUGAUCUGUACGUUGCGGAUACGAACUCGAAGCGCAUCAACACGAUCAAGGUGAUUGAAUCGUCCACCGGGUUUAUGAAACAAUUUGCUGGUAAAAUUGAUUCCGGAAGCCAAGAGUGUGACUGUCAGGGCAAAACGUUAAACUACUCACGGCGUAAGCCGUCGAACGGAACAGCCGGCGGCUUGGGUCAAAAUCCAUCCGGUAUCGAGCGUGGCACCGGUGGUGCACCGGAGAAUGGCGGUCCGUUCUGUGUCUGUCAGCAUGCGAACGACACCAGCAGCGGACGGAAGGACUAUCCGGAUGCUGCUGGAUCGUUCGGUGGAGCGUCCGGUAGCAAUAAUGGUGGCACGAACGGGGAAACCAUUCUGUCCUCAAGCAUCCGCUUUCAGUCGAUAUCUGCGAUUGCGGUUGCACAGGAUGGUGUGAUUAAUGUGGCUGAUCAAGGCUCGUUGCGAAUCUUUGCCCUAGAGCACUAUCUACCACAGCACGACAGUAACGGCGAGUUCCAGAUACCGUACACACCGCUAAACGAGCUGUACGUGUUCAACCGGUACGGGCAGCAUAUCGCAACACGGGAUCUCUCCACCGGCAAAUCACGCUACUCCUUCCUGUACUCGAAAAACACCAGCUUUGGCAAACUGUCCACCGUGACGGACAGUUCCGGCAACAAGAUACAGUUCCUGCGCGAUUACAGCAACGUGGUAAGCUCGAUCGAGAACGGGCAGGACUACAAGACGGAGUUGAAAAUCUCGCCGAGCGGUUUGCUGACGAAGGUUAGUGCACGGUCCGGUGCGGGCCGCAAGGUGGAGGUUUUGCUCGAUUACGAAUCGAACAGUGGGCUGCUGAUCAGUCGCACCGAAGGCCAGGAAAGCUUCAUCUACCAGUACGAUGACUUCGGACGGUGCGUGAAGGUGAUUGCACCGAGCGGUGAGAUCGUGCACGUGCGCACACUGUUUGACGAUCGGUCGACCAAACCGAAGCAGGAAGAUUUGCUCGUGUCGGUGCAGAGUAGCAUCCGGUCGGCGUUCGGCGCACGUGGAGCGUCGAAACCGAUCGAAUACUCGAUUACCGGUGGCAUACAGACGGUGUCGAUAGCGCGCGGCGGCAAGGAAACGAUUGGCCGGAUUGGUGCGAUCAAUCAGACGGUGUCGCUGUCGCUGCCGGCUGGUAUUAGGUUGGAGGCCUCCGCCAUUGCGACACACCCCUGGUUGGAGAAGUUUUUGCCGACCGAGGCGGAGAUGUUACCGAUGUGGUCGCACCAAUCGCUGCACGUGGGUGAUCGUGCUGCGAACGAUUUGUACUCGAGCUACGCACUGUCGUCGGUCGGUUGCAAUGGAGGAACGGCGGACGGUCAGCAGCAUCAUGGCCGUGGAACGUCCGCAAUGAACGGUGGUGCGAAGGGCGAGAAAAUGCUGUGUCGCGAUAUUUUCGUGAACGAUGGGAAAAAGCUGCGUGUUGAGUAUGAUCCGAUCGCGCAGCGAGAAAUUCUUCGCGACAGGGAUAAUGAGGUGAUACUGGUCGUUUCGUACGACCAGUCCGGACUGCCGACGAUGUUCUCGCCCGGCAUGGGCGAUGUGUACUAUCCGCUGAACAUUACGUACGAUCGGUUCAAUCGCAUCGAAGGCUGGCAGUGGGGCCCAUCGGAGCUGAAGUACAACUACGAUCGGCAGGGUCGCCUAUCGGAGGUUAGCAGCCUGCAGGAUGGCAUCGUGUCGUACAGCUACAACGAGGGCAAUCUGCUCGAGAUGAUUUCGCUCGGCAGUCAGCGCAAGUACAAGCUGGUGUACGAUCGUAACGGUGGCUUGCGAGAGAUAGUGUUGCCGAGCGGUACCAAGCACACGUUCAGCUUGCAACCGUCGAUCGGAUUUCUCCGCUUCACGUACAAUCCACCCGGUAGCUCACGGUCCUACCUGCAGCACUACUCGCACAGUGGUGUUCUGCUGCAGACCGUCUUUCCGGGCGAUGGUGCCCGGAUUGUGUAUCGGUACGAUGACGAGGAUCGCAUCUCGGAGAUUGUGCACGGUGAUGGACGGGACGAGUUCCUGUACCAAACCGGUACACCGUCCUGCGAGCUACCGAUGGCAAUCAUACACACCGAGCGCGAUCUCGAAUUUCGCUGGGACUUUGAUUGCGUCGGCGAGCUGCUGCUCGAGGAACGGAUAGACUUUUCCGCCCGGUCCGGACUCUCGAACGUGAAGUUUAACUACGAGUACGACGACCACUUCCGGCUGUCGUCGAUCGGUGGGCGCAUUGGUGGACAAAAUCUUCCCCAGCAAUCGUUCGGGUACGAUGAGCGUACCGGACGGUUGGCAACGAUCGGACAGUUCGAGGUGACACGUGGCGAUCGGCAGGUCAAUGCGACGACCGUAAGCGAUCGUACCGGCACGUUUAUGCGCACGGUCAAUGGACGGUUUCUGCUGAUGCAGCUUACGCUUACCAUCCACCGGAUGGAGGUGUUCCGGAUGGAGUUUGCUCACGAUCUGCAUGGACGCAUCGUGCAGACGCGCACCUACACGAGGAACGUCGGCGUCAACACGUACACGAACGUGAAAAACCUAACCUGGGACUGCGAUGGGCAGCUGGUUGGCGUGGAGGCACAGGAACCGUGGGGCUUCCGGUACGAUGACAACGGUAAUAUGCUUUCACUCACAUACCGCGGCAACACGAUCCCGAUGGAGUACAACGCACAGGACCGCAUCGUGAAGUUUGGCGAGGGACAGUACAAGUACGAACCGCGCGGACUGGUGGCACAGAAUGCGCGCGAAGAACGGUUCCACUACAACGCCAAGGGACUGUUGAUACGGGCGACCAAGCGUGGACGGUUCGAUAUACGCUACUUUUACGACCAUCUGAAUCGGCUGAUAACGCGCAAGGACAACUUUGGCAACGUGACGCAGUUCUUCUACACCAAUCAACGGCGGCGUAGCGAGAUCAGUCACAUCUAUUCGCCGCGUGAUGGCAAGCUGAUGUCGCUGACGUAUGACGACCGUGGCUCGCUGAUCUAUGCACAGGUGUACCGGUACCGGUACUACAUCGCGACGGAUCAGUGCGGCACACCGGUGAUGAUAUUCAACCAGUACGGUGAAGGUAUACGCGAGAUAAUGCGCUCACCGUACGGGCACAUCGUGUACGAUUCGAACCCAUAUCUCUACAUGCCUAUAGACUUCUGUGGCGGCAUACUGGAUCAGGUAACGUCACUUGUUCACAUGCCAGACGGGAAGGUGUACGAUCCACUAAUAGGGCAGUGGAUGACACCGAACUGGGAGCAUGUCGAUCAGCGCAUCAAAAAACCGACCAAACUUCACCUCUACCGCUACAACGGCAACGAUCCAAUCAACCCACCCCGUCAACUGCAGGACCACCCACAGGACCAUCUCGACUGGUUGCAGCUGAUGGGGUACGACAUCGACAACAUGAUCCCGCAGGCAUCGAUCGCAAGCCGCUUCUAUCAACAGCGCAACUGGCUGGAGAAUGCGCUCGCCUCGCCGAACGUGCUGCGCCGCCAGUACGACGAGCGUGGCGGUUCCGGCGGCAUCAACAUCGGUUCCGGGUUUAUGGCACACCUGAUGGAGCGUUCGAUACGGACGCGUCACGAUUUGCUACAGCUGCCGGAUAGCUUCUUCGGCUCGAGCCUCAAAUCGGAUCCGCUCGCUAUAGGGCCGUUCCGGCUCGGAUCGGGUUCGGACCCACCGUUCGGGCACGGUAUAAUUGUGUCGCGCGUUGUCGUGGACGAGCCGGAAGGUGGGUACGCUAUCGUGUCGAGUGUCCCUGCUGCCAAUCCGAUCUAUCGCGAUGUGUACACGUCCGUGUUCAAUCGCACACGGUUGCUACCGUUUACGUUCGUCGUGCACAACUCGCUGCAGGAUGCGUUCUUCUUCGUGAAGGAAGAUUCUUGGCGGGCGGCCGAAGAUCGGCAACAGUUGAAGCGAUUGCAGGGGCAGGUAAACACGACGUUCCACGAUGCUGUAUCGUCUGGUGUUGGCGCGAAUGGUGGUAAUGGUGGUGGUAGUGCCGGCACCGGGCUGUCCGGUGUGUCGAAAGCAUCCGCCCAUCAUCAGGAUGUGAAGAUACACACGACGAACGCGAUCAUCAAUCUCAAGUACGGCACAACGUCCGCCAAGGAGCGGCAGCGUUUGAUGCACCACGCCAAGCUGCAAGCCGUCCGGAAGGCUUGGCAUCGCGAGAAGGAACUGCUACGGAGCGGGCUCAUCUCCAGCUACGAGUGGAACGCCCAGGAGAUGGAAGAAAUCAUCAAGAAUGGGUACGCCAACCUGUACGAGGGCGAGUAUGUGCACGACAUCGACCGCUAUCCGGAGCUGCUGGAGGAUCCGUUCAAUGUGCGCUUUACCAAGAAGAAGGUCAACCAGUCACGCAAACGCAAACGAAGAGACACGUCGGAUGUGGCGGACAGCAGCAGGGGUAACGCCGAGGUCUAG